AGUCAGUAAGAGAGAAAGGCAUCCCUCUAAUUCCUCAAGAGGGGCUGUUGUAUCAAACGUAGUAAGUGUGAGAAUAGGAGGAGAAGGCGGGACGGACUGACGGAGGGACGUACAGAGGUCUGGGCCACUUCUAAAGAGCUGAGACCCAAAACGCUGAGGCUGGAGAGGUCGACUGCAGUCUGGGAGAGAACAACAGGUGAAAGGACGAAGCCCUUCAGUCUGAGAAAUAGGGGAGGGGGACCGACACGGACUUAUCCCUGACGGACCGACGACCCUUCACAGUGCAGAGAGGAAACAACAAGAGAUUAAGUCUACAGGAGGUCAGCAUACCACUACUACACGAGCUGGUCACAACUUCAUUAAGGAAAGUGUGAAGGAAUCUGAACUGAUACAGAGGAAAAACCCAAAGCCAAAACGCAGGGGAGAUUUGAGGAAAGACAGGAGAGAGAGAACAUUUAAAGCUUGUCCACCUGCUUGAAUAAGUGGAGAAAGAGAGUGUUUCACUGGAACUUCAAGGAGAAGAGAAGAAGAGAAGGAGAAGAGAAGCGAGAAAGAGAAGAGAAGAGAGAAGGAGAAGGAGAAAGAGAAGAGAGAAGAGAAGGAGAAGAGAGAAGAAGAGAAGAAGAGAAAGAGAAGAGAAGAGAGAAGAAGAGAAAGAGAAGAGAAGGAGGAGAGAGACGAAAAGGAGAAGAGAAGAGUGAGGAAGAGAGAGAGAGGCUCUACCAGGCUGCACGUCAAUUUGACCAUGAGUGUGAUCGGUACACUGGAGAAGGGGGCCCACCACCAGGCUCUGGAGCUCUCCGAGGAGCUCUCUCCCCUCAACCAUCACCACCCUCACCACCACCACCUCCAGCCCUCCAACUCUCUGGCCUCCAGCGCUCCUGUGGUGACCCCCUCCGGCGUGGUGGUGCCUCCCCCGUACUCUGCAGCUGAGAGUGGGGGAGGUGGUAGUGACGCUCCCCUGGAGCUCCGAGGCUCUCUGGACUGCUGGGCGUGCUCGGUGCUGGUGACGGCCCAGAACCUGGUCAUCGCUGGGAUCAACGCCUGCCUGGCCGGACUGGUGUUCGGACUCAUCCUCAUCCCCGCCAUCGCCAUGGUGGUGUUCGGGUUCCUCUGUCAUUCUACGGUGCGCCCUCAUGGGACGUCGCGCUACUGCUCGGACCUGCUGAAUGACGGUGGCUGUGUGGCCCUCCUGGUUGUGGGUUUCCUCCUGGUUACACCCCUCCUGGUCCUGGCUCUGGCCGCCUACUGCCGCCUGGCCCGCCACCUCCAGCUGGGGCUCUGCUUUAUACCCUACUCCAGGGCUAUCUACAAGAACCUGCCCGCCACACAGCACCCUGGCCUGGGAGGGGGCUGCUGUGGAGGCAGUGGCGCUGGAGGGGAGGGAGAAGGGAAGGGUAAGGUCUGGGUGUGAGGGGGAGGGGGAGAGGGUGGGGAGAGGGAGCGAUGUGAAGGAAGGUAGUUUCAAGAUCUAUGUGUAGGGGGAGGGAGCGAGGAUGAGCGAGAGAGACACACAAAGAGGAAGAAAGAGAGGGAGAGAGAAAGUAAAGGUGAGGAAGAGAAGGGAGCGCGUGGAGGGAAAGGGAGAGCCAAGAUGAGGAGGGAGACAGGAGGAAAGAAUGGUGUUAGAGCAGGGAGGAGAAGGGAGGAGAAGGAGGAGAAGGAGGAGAACAACCACAGCAGCCAAACUCUUAUCUGGGAAGGCUUCAGUAUAGGCGCCACAGUAAACCGUUCCUCUGGAGUUCAACCAAAGUAACCUCCUUCACACUACCACGUUUUAUACAACCAAUUUCAUGUAAAAGUUACCCUGUCAACAUGUGUGGUUUACUGUGAGAAAACUUUUUCGCAGACCAAGAAGGAGCAGUUUUUUACACUGUUCUAGAGUUCGAGGGCAAAAUGUUGUUUCUCCAGUGAAACACUGGACAUUGUAUUAAAGGACAUAAUAUCACUGCCAUGUGUUGACAUCCAAUAUAUUAUUAACAUUGAUUCAACACAGUAUCUUUAAGCAUUUACCACCAUGAAGGACCUUCAAUAGAGUUUUGUGCAUUUAGUUGACUCUGGUUUAUGACUGCUACUGUUUCUUGUGUAUUUCCUCUUUUCAAAUAAAGUCUAUUUGGAAUCA